AUGUCGAAAUUUUCGAUCUCGGAGUUAUGUCCGGAUCUCGUCGCCGAACGACAAGCAUCAUGUUCCAAAUUGGAGGUGAGCAAAAACGAAGGAGGUGUGGACGAAGGCGUAGAAGAAAGUGUAUCCGAUGGCGGCUCUGAUAGCAAAAAAUCGGACGAGAGUGGAAAGCCGCCAUUCAGCUACAACGCCCUUAUCAUGAUGGCAAUUCGAAGUAGCAAGGAAAGGCGACUGACUCUUAGUGGUAUUUAUGAUUAUAUCAUGAAAAAUUAUCCAUUCUAUCGAGAUAAUAAACAGGGAUGGCAGAAUUCCAUCAGACACAAUUUAUCACUCAACAAAUGCUUCGUCAAAGUACCGCGAAGUUAUGACGAUCCUGGAAAAGGCAAUUACUGGAUGCUAGAUGCAUCUUGCGAAGACGAAGUGUUUAUUGGUGGCUCAACGGGUAAAUUGCGCCGGCGACCUUCUGCAGCAACACGGGCUCGUCUCGACGCUUUCAAGCAGUACGGGGUUGCAGCGACGUCAUUUUUUAAUCCUUUUUAUCAACAUGGUUCACGAAUGUGUCCAUUCAUUGCUGCUCCUGGGUACCCAUCUCCGCUUGCAGUUGCCACAUCGCGCAGUUCGCUGGUCACUUUUCCACCAGAUCCACGAUUUCUGGCCGCAGCUGCAGCAAUGACUCCGGGAGGACCGAUUUCAGAGCAAUUUGCACCGGUGGCAGCCGUUCCCCCCACAGUUACAGCGGCAGGAGUAACAGUACCAGGAGCUCUGAAUAACGGCUUCCCAUACGUGUCCAAUGGUGAUUUAAUGCGCCUAUAUGUUGCUCAGCGCACAAACGGCAAGUUAAUGAAUUAG